CAAAGCACGAGUGCCCGUGGACUCGCCACCGCGUUCGACCGCCGCGUUCUUCGACCGGCUGCCAUCGAGUUAGCUCCGAAGUUUUCGCGGCAUCCGCGCAAGUUGAGUUUGAAAUCGGUUCGCCUCCGCAUCGAUCGACGGGUUCCCGGUGUGGCGGUUCUGCGGAAGCCGCAGGUGGAUCGCGAGUCGCGUAAGAGUGACAAUUCCGCGUCCGUCGCUGAGCGGAAAAACCGCGUCAGGAGAUCUUGGACGGGAUAGUAGUCAGCGUUACCGCUCCGCGCAGCGUCAUCGUCCGGUAGUGGCUCACCCUCCGCAUCUCGGAAAGAGGACUGUUUAAGAGUGAAGUGAAUUACGUAGGACAAACAGUGCGGAGGAUACGGAGGCGCGGUUGUGCGUUUAUUGACACGGGGGAAAAGUGACGGGGUCAGUGGGUUGAUCGCCUGGCGUCGACGGACACCGCCGCGGUGCCGAGGCCGGUGCCGUCCGCCGGACGAUUAGGCCUAAUUAAUCGGACGGACGCGGAGUUCGGCGAGAAAACGCGGCUUGACGCCGGACCAGGGCGAGGUGGUUUCGGCCGUCGCAGAUUCCCGCAUUCGGAUAGACGUUGGGAUUAAUGUACCUGUUUCGGGAGGAUGAUGAUGAUGGACAUGGGCAUGUACGGGACCUACGGCAAGCCUGACUCCUAUCCGAACUACGGUUUCGCCGGGCAAACGGGCCACCAGCCCGCCGUUCACGGGCCGCUUCCGCAGUCCCCUGAGCUCGCGACUACCCACUACUAUCCCCAGACCGCGGUCGCCCCGUACUCAUCCUCCUCCUCGGAGCCCUUUCUGCCCUCCGGGGAGUCCGGGCCGUCCAGCACUCCACCCCAGGGCUUCUACUCGCCGACGGGUGCCGUCCUCCACGAGGACGGGACCGCCAUCAUAUCCUCGGAGAACGGGCUCAGCUACACCAACCUCGACUAUGCCUCCUACCCUGCUCAGCACCCCGGCUGCCAUCCGGCCGCAGACCCGCACCACCCCCAGACUUACCACAUCCAGCCGACCGGGUACAGGGAAGAUCCGCCGGGCCUCCACCAACCCGGCCCCGUUGUACAGACACAUCAACACCCCGAGCACGAGCAGCUCCAUCAUCAGCAGUCUAGUCAUCACGAGGUCGACUACCAGAUCACUCUCGGUGGAUCCUCCAACUACCUUCACCAGCUCCCCGAGGACGCUCUACACUACGGCCAGUCAUCCAUCCACCAGUCCGAGUAUCCCGGUCAUCCCGCUGCUCACUACAAGGAAGAAACACCCGACCCCACUGGCUACCACUCGAUUCAGCAGUCCGCACACCAGCACCACUCCCACCAUCCUCUUGGACAUCCACAUCCGCACCAUCACCAACAUCCCCAUGGCCACUCACAUCCCCAGCAACAGCAGCAGCAGCUACAGCAGCAGCAACAACAGCAGCAAGCUCAGGUGCCCACCUACAAAUGGAUGCAAGUUAAGAGGAACGUGCCAAAACCAGUGGCGCCAAAAACGAACCCCCCCGGUAACGAAUUCGUCGGCAGCGCAGUGGGCACCUCGGGGACGACGGUAUACGCGACUUCGGCAACGGGGGCAGUGAGCUGUCUCAGCAGCGGCACCCUGGCCGGGAUCCCGGGUGGCUUCAACAACACGGGUCGCACGAACUUCACGAACAAACAGCUGACCGAGCUCGAGAAGGAGUUCCACUUCAACAAGUACCUGACGAGGGCGAGGCGGAUCGAGAUCGCCUCGGCCUUGCAGCUUAACGAAACGCAGGUGAAAAUUUGGUUCCAAAACAGGAGGAUGAAGCAGAAGAAGCGGAUGAAGGAGGGCCUCAUUCCGUCGGACAACGCUGCCGGUUCCGGCCAGCUUAAUCAGCUCGGUCAAUUGAGCGGGGCACGAAGCAGCAGCAGUUCGCCAACCGGAUCCAACCUCGAGAUGGCUGGUAUCGGACUGGCCAAUUUCACCAGCGACAACAGCAGGGAAUCCCCGAAUUCUUCUUCCAAGGAAUAAGCCGCGUCAUUUGGGUCGUCUGAACUUUGAAGCGGCUUUUUCGCCGACAGCGAAAAGGGGUGAAAUGGGGAAAACUGGAAAGAUUUCGAAGCCGCGCGUUGUUUUUCAGAUCUCUUCUUGACCUCGCAGUGACACAAGUGGUGUUGCGCUUCGAAGUGUGUGUGUGUACUUUCAUUUUUUUUUUGUUUUUUUUCUUCUCUUACAAGUGUUUCACUUGGUCGACGCAAAAAAAUACGUCAAUAUGGAUAAUUGUGACUAUAGUAUGAGUGAAUCGAGAAUCCACAAGUAAAGACGAUCGUGUUGCGCUAGAUUUUUUAAUCUUUCGUUUUUUAACCGUGGUUCAGUGGACCGAUUUUAGCGAUAAUUUCGACACUUUGGCAAAUUGAUUCUAUCCGUCGACGCAUGUACGCGAUGCGUCUUGAUUCGCCAGCUGAUUGUGUAAAACUGACUUGAUUGAAGAGUGCAGGCGUCGCGGAAACGAUACGUUGUAUAGCGUAAAUCGCAUUGAUAGUUAUUCAGAAAUCAAAAUAUACAGAAUCGCAAUUUCACGAGAAAAGCACCAUGAAUAAACUGUCAUGUAUGUAACAAACUUCGAAAAGCAGUCACUCAGAAUCAGUCGCAACCAAAAUUAUCUAUACCGAAUUAUUAACAGCAUCUCAUUGCAUUGGAAAUAUCCCCAAUUCGACAAUGUACGCAAUUUCUAUAUUGUCACGAUAGCUUAAAUUUCAAAAAAAAAAAUCAUAUAUUUUCAACACUUCGGGACGAAAAUUUUAGUUCCGGGGUAUCGAUGAUAUUUCAAAUACAGUGCGCGCGAUCUCCGGAACAGUUUUGAUUCAGUCAGCGAAAGUCACUAAGUUAAUUAAUUAUCUUGACAAUUGCGAAAUACUACAGUGAAUAGUCUGUACUAUCCUAUUGUGAUAGUGUGAUAAUGAUAGAUAUGCCUAUUGAAUAUACGGUGUAUGUAUGUAAAUAGAAUCCUUUGCAAAUCUUUGAUAAUUAGAAAAUUAGGGGAGCAUUGCUGAAAAAAAUUAAAUAGAUAAUUUUCAUUUCAUAUGAUAAUUAUCAAGUACUACGACCAUACUUGAUUUCUCAUACCCGCACAAUUAUUUAUUAUAAUAAUUGAUAAUGCGCGCUGUUAUUGGAAAAAAAAAACUGUAUCCUCCUUUGAGUUUGUAACUGUUGCCAUGAUUCGUGCGGCUGUAACCUCGAAUGCGCAAAAUUAAAUACAAGAUUUGCACAGGUUUCAAAAUAAUUAAAUUAAUUCCAUAAAUUAUAAGAUCUAUAGAAGAUAGAUAAUUAUAAUUAAAAUAGUAUACGCGCAUCACCGUGAACAAUGCAAGGCUCUGUACCUAAAAAAUUCCUAUUAUUAUAAAUUAUGCUUAGUUAUAAUAUCUUGUAGGAAUCUUGUAGAAAGAAUAAAGUAUUAUUGUAUUAAACCA